AAUGUUUUUUUAAUCCUAAUAAACACUAAAUUGCGAGUCUGAAUUUUGGAUGAUCAAAAACCACACGGUGGCGGGAGUCUAUCGAACUGUCAACGCCGGCGACGCCAUUUUCCGGCGAAAUCGUAGGCCCCAUAGCCAAAUCCGGUCUAAUACUCAGAGACUUACCGGAGGUAUACAGACUACGCAACAACUCGUCGAUAACAUUUCGGUUAUAGAGCUUCGCCGCGGUACCAUUUUGAUCAGAUCUACCGUUUCCUGAAGCCAAAUUUAAGCAAACAAGCAAGAGGAGAAGAAGAUUCGGAAAUGUUUGAUUUAGAUUGAAACCAUCGGUUCUACCGAUCAUAGGAUUUUCCAAUGGGCGACGCCCUUUUGGUGAUUCCGCCUGCCGUUCUACGUAAUCUAUCUGAUAAGCUCUACGAAAAGCGUAAGAAUGCAGCGCUAGAGGUGGAGGGAAUCGUUAAACAGCUGACGUCAGCUGGAGAUCAUGGCAAGAUUAAGGCUGUUAUCAAUUUAUUGGUCAAGGAGUUCGCUAUGUCGCCGCAAGUGAAUUAUCGUAAGGGAGGAUUGAUAGGAUUAGCUGCUGCAACUGUUGGUUUGACUUCAGACGCCUCGCAACAUCUUGAGCAAAUUGUUCCACCAGUUCUUGGCUCUUUUACUGAUCAAGAUACCAGAGUUCGGUACUAUGCUUGUGAAGCUUUAUAUAACAUUGCGAAGGUUGUCAGAGGAGAUUUUAUUGUCUUCUUCAAUAAAAUUUUUGAUGCCUUGUGUAAGCUUUCAGCUGAUUCAGAUGCUAAUGUUCAGAGUGCGGCUCAUCUUUUAGAUAGGCUUAUAAAGGAUAUCGUCACUGAGACUGAUGAGUUCAGCAUCGAAGAAUUUAUACCAUUGUUGAGGGAGCGGAUGAACGUUUUAAAUCCUUAUGUCCGCCAAUUCUUGGUGGGAUGGAUCACAGUAUUAGACAGUGUCCCAGAUAUUGAUAUGCUAGGUUUUCUUCCGGAUUUUCUGGAUGGCUUGUUUAACAUGCUAAGUGAUUCUAGCCAUGAAAUACGACAACAGGCUGACUCAGCCCUUUCUGAGUUUCUUCAAGAGAUAAAAAACUCUCCAUCUGUAGAUUAUGGUCGAAUGGCAGAAAUACUUGUGCAAAGGGCUGCCUCUGGAGAUGAAUUUACUCGAUUAACUGCUAUUACUUGGAUAAAUGAAUUUGUAAAACUUGGUGGGGACCAGCUUCUUCCCUAUUAUGCUGAUAUUUUGGGGGCUAUUUUACCUUGUAUAUCUGACAAAGAGGAGAAGAUAAGAGUUGUUGCUCGGGAAACAAAUGAAGAACUUCAAGCAACUAAGACAGAUCCAGCUGAAGGGUUUGAUGUAGGAGCUAUUCUUUCUGUUGCAAGGAGCCAGUUGGCGAAUAAAUGGGAGGAUACUCGAAUUGAAGCUUUGCAGUGGAUUUUGACCCUUCUGAAAAGGCAUCGGGCAGAGGUAUUAACAUUUUUGAGCGACAUUUUUGAGGCACUCUUGAAGAAAUUAUCGGAUCCCUCUGAUGAGGUAGUGCUGCUGGUGCUUGAUGUGCAUGCAUGCAUAGCUCAAGAUGCACCAUACUUCCGCCAGCUUCUAGUUUUCUUGAUUCAUAACUUCAGAAUGGAUAAUUCUCUUCUGGAAAAGCGCGGUGCUUUAAUAAUACGCAGACUCUGUUUACUUUUAGAUGCUGAAAAGGUAUUUAGGGAACUGUCCAAGAUACUUGAGGGUCAAGCAGAUCUUGAUUUUGCUUCAGUUAUGGUUCAGGCUUUGAAUUUGAUUCUGUUCACCUCCACAGAGUUGUCUGAGAUGCGAAAUCUUCUCAAACAAUCUCUUGUUACUUCUACUGGAAGUGACUUAUUUCUUUCUUUGUAUGCUUCAUGGUGUCAUUCUCCAAUGGCAAUUAUAAGUCUCUGCCUAUUAGUUCAGGCUUAUCAGCAUGCAAGUUCUGUCAUUCUGUCGCUGGUUGAGGAGGAUAUGAACAUCAAAUUCUUGGUUCAGUUGGACAAAUUAGUGCACUUGCUGGAGACACCCGUUUUUGCUUAUCUUAGGUUGCAGCUCCUUGAAUCCAGUAGAUAUACAUGGCUUCUAAAAGUCUUGUAUGGAUUGCUGAUGCUACUCCCCCAGCAAAGUCAGGCCUUCAAAAUAUUGAGAACUCGAUUAAAGACUAUUCCAUCAUCAUACUCAUUUAAUGAUGAUCAGUUCAAAUGGUUGUCAAGAAUGAACUCUUAUUCGCAGUAUCACGAUGCCUCUCAAGUAUUUGAAGAAGCUGAUAUGGAUGAAGAUUCACAACGUCGAAUCAACUAUACUGCCAUGUUGCAACAGUUUCAGCAGAUGCAGUUACAACAUCGUAUUUUCUCAAAGUCUAAGAAACAGUCAAGUUGUUGCCCUACAUCAUCAAAAAAGAAUUUCCAAAGAGCCGAGGAAGAACGGUUGUCAAUUUCGACAUCCGAAGCAAGUAGACCUUCUUCAAGAUCUUCAUAUAGAGGUCAGAUUUAGUAAAUGAUUUUUUAAUUUUUUUUUCCAUAUAUUUUUCUUGUCUUGCUCAUCUUACUGAUGAAGAGGAUAAUGCCUGUAAAAACUGUAUAUCCUUGUCAUCUUUUCUCACCAAAAAAAAGGAAAAGUAAAUGGGGUGUUGAGGUUUCUCCUAAGCUAUUUUGCAUAGUAAUUAUUAUUUUUUAAUAUGUUAAAAGGAGGAUAUGUACUCA